AUGGUUGACUUUCCUAGUUUACAACAUAAACAGUUAUUUAAGGAAAAUAGACACAAUCAAACUAAUGGAAAUGUGGAUUCAGAGGAAAGACCAUUAAAAAGAAGGAAAAAAGAACUGCCAGAAGUUAUUGUCAUAAGUGAUGAAAGUGAAGUCCAUGAAGUAAACGAAAUUGAUGAAAAUUCAGAUGAUUCAGAUGAUUUUGAAGACGUGAAUUUAAGUGCGCAAGAGAAUAAAGUAGAAACAAAUAAGAUUCAUAAUUCAGACGACGAUUCAGAUGAUUUCGAAGAUGUCGAAUUUGACGUUUCAAACGCGUCAUAUGACUUAAAUCAACCAAAACCAGUUCAAGAUGAUAUUUUAUCCAUCCAAAUACAAUCAAAAGAUGAAGAGUCACCUCAGAAGAAGAAAAAAGUGAAAUUCGUAACAAAUGAAGAAAGACAUAGAAGAGUAUUGAUACAUAAAUUGUAUCUUAUUAUGUUAAUCGUUCAUGGAACCAUUAGAAGUUCAUGGUGUAAUGAUAAAGAAAUUGGUAAACACUUGAAAAAUGCUUGUGUAACUCCUCAGAUAUCAGAACUUCUCAAAGACGAUAACUCUCUGGAUAUGGUCAGAUCACGAAGGUUAUUAGAUGGUUUAAAAAAAUUAAUGACUAUAUAUCUCUCAAAAUAUAGAAUUACAUCUCAAGGUUUAAUUCGAAAAAAUUGGAAGGAAUUAGAAAUUGUUCAAGAUGCUGCAGAAGUUGUGACUAAAAAGAAAUUUAAAAAAUUGGUAACUAAUUUUAGGGGGAGUCGAGAUGUAGCUGCUCAAGGUUUUGUUGCAUUAUUAAGAGCAUUAGGUUUGAAUGCAAGAUUAGUGUUGUCGUUACAACCACCUGAUUAUACACUUAUAACGGAAAAUGACACUAACGAAGAUAAAGGACAUGGGAGGAAAUUAAGUCUAGAGGACUCAAAUUACCCAAUAUUUUGGAUUGAAGUUUGGGAUAAAUUUGGUAAAAAAUGGAUAAGUAUUGAUCCAAUAGUUUUAAAGUCAAUUGAAGUUUGUCCGAAGAGAAAAAAGUCAGCUUUUGAACCUCCUAGUACUGAUGAAAGAAAUCAACUAUUAUAUGCUAUUGCAUUUGACAAAUUUGGAAGGGUAAGAGAUGUAACUAGAAGAUAUUCGUUUAAUUAUAAUGCAAGAACUAUAAGAAAAAGAAUAGAAUUUAGAUCCAGUGAUGAUAAGGAAUGGUACUAUAGUAUAUUGACCAGCUGUGAGAAAAAGAAAUCCAAAAGUGUUCCAGAUAUAUAUGAACUGAAAGAAUUUCAUGAACGAGAUUUAGCAGAGGGUAUGCCGAAUAAUAUUCAAGCAUUUAAAGAUCAUCCAUUAUAUGCAUUAGAAUCACAAUUAAGACAAAACGAAGUUAUUCACCCAAAAGAUCGAUCAAGUGUUUAUGGAAUGUUUAGACCUAAAAAUCAUUCAACAAAAUUGAUUGAAGUUUAUAAGAGAUCAAAUGUAUAUAGACUAAGGUCAGCAAGAGCUUGGUAUAUGAGAGGAAGAGUCUUGAAAAUUGGGGCUGUUGCAUUGAAAGCUAAGAAGGGAAACAACAUUGAAGAAGGAGAAGAUGUUAGAUUGUAUGCUGAAUUUCAAACUAAAUUAUUUAUACCGCUAAGAAUUGAACAAGGUAAGAUUCCCAAAAAUCAAUAUGGUAAUAUAGAUAUAUAUACCAAGACAAUGAUACCUGAAAACGGAUCGUUAAUUGAGGUAAAUGACCUGGUGAAUAUGAAAUUGUUAAUUAGAUGCGCUACAUUAUUAGGUAUAGAUUUUGCCAAAGCUAUAACAUCAUUUGAUUUUAAACAAAAAGGAAGGCACGCGCCAAACGCAAAAGAAGGUGGUAUAGUCGUUUUGAAAGAUCAUGAAGAGGCAAUGAGAAUUACAAUUCAACAUUUGUUAGAAGAGAAAGAAGAGCAAAGACGUUUAAUGGUUGAAAUAAAUGCUCUACAAAAUUGGAGAUAUUUCUUAUUAAAGUUAAGAUUAAAUCAAAGGUUGAACAGAACACAUGGUAAAAUUGAUGGAGAAGUAGAUGAUGAUGAAGAUGAAGAUGUGGAAUUAGUAGGUAAUGAAUUUGCAGAAAACGAAGAGGCUGAGUAUGAAGAUGGUGGUUUCAUGGCUGAUAGUGCUCCAGUCUACAGUGGUCAGAAUAUCAGUGACGAUGAAGAUGAUGACGAUGGUUUUGGUGGUGGGUUUAUUGUGUCAGAUAAUGAGGAAGUUGGAUCAGAAGUUAAUGAAGAUAAAAUUGAAAUAGAAGAUACUGAUACAAAGUCAAAACGAGAGGCGAGAAGAACUAGAACUACUUCACCAAAAUAUACAGAUGAGCAAUUUGAAGUAGUAGUAGAUGAUGAUGACGAUGAUGAAAUGAAAUCCAAGAAUCAAAUAAUUUAUUCCGAUAGUUCUGGUUCAGAAGCUGAAUAUGUUGACGAUGAAAAUGUUGAAGAAGGUAAGGACGACGAAGAAGAAGAAGGUUUAGAAUUUGAUUAUGAAAGUGAAUAG